AUGCCAAACAGAAAAGUGCAUAUCACUUCCGAUGCUUCUGAUCUAGAAAACGGACUGUCAGAAGUGUUGAAGACGGCUUUCUCGGAUUACCUGGCCAGAGGAGAUGGGAAGCCAUUCGUUAUCGGAUUCUCUGGAGGAUCUAUGCCAAAGACUUUGAUUCCAGUCUUGAAGGCUACUAUUCCUUCAGAGAAACGAGGCUUGGUGAAGUUGUUUCCAGUAGAUGAAAGACUUGUGCCAUUAGAAGACCCGGAAAACAACACCAACUAUUAUCUGCAAGGACUGAAGGACACUUUCAACGAUGAUCAGUUUGCUGUUGUAGCUAAAACUGGCAACGAAACAGGUACGCGUUGACUGUUUUUUUUAAGUUUUAGGUAAUAUUUUUUAAUCGCUAACCUUAUAUUAUAGUAAUGUUUUAUGGUUUUUUGGCUAAAUUUUAAUAGUUAAUAUUGAUGGAGACUAGUUCUAAAGUUAAAUUUAGGCGAAGAGGCUACAGAACAGUUAAACGGUCUUCUGAAGAAGUGGUCCGAUGUCAGUGGAGGCUACCCUGUACUGGACAUCUUGUUCUUAGGUAUGGGUCCUGAUGGUCAUACCUGUUCUCUCUUCCCUGGACAUCAACUUCUUCAGGUAGGUUUGAUCACAUUAGAGUAUGUCACAUCGGAAAAAAUUGUUCAGAAGCCAACAUAAAAUCUAAAAAAUGGCUUGACUUUAAGAUCGAGAGCAGUUUUAAAAUCUCUUGCACCAAUUCCUAGCAUGUAAAGACAGCAAAAAAAUUAAAUAUUUAAGUCAACCAAGUGGACCGAUGUUAUCACGGAUUCUCCAAAGCCGCCAAGCAAAAGGAUUACUGUAACUUUGCCACUUCUCAACAAUGCCAGAAGCGUGGUAUUCAUCUCGACCGGUGGCGGUAAAGCUCAAGUCCUAAAAGAGAUCUUGGACGAGGAUUCCAACAAAUACCCAGCUGGACUAAUCUCUUUGAACAACGGUCAGCCAGUCCAUUACUUUUUGGAUAAAGACGCGGCCGAACAUUUGAAACCAAAAGGAAAUCUGUAA